AACUCGUCUUAUGUACACGGUGGUCUGGACAAUAAUGGCAAACCAACUGAAGCGGUCUAUGGGCAGUCUGAAAUCCAUAAGAAGGUGAUGGCGCUGAGCUUCCGUGAUUGUCACACUAAGAUCAGGCAUGUCGAUGCUCACGCCACCCUGAACGAGGGAGUGGUGGUGCAAGUGUUGGGGGAGCUGUCCAAUAACAUGCAGCCCAUGAGGAAGUUCAUGCAGACAUUUGUUCUGGCACCUGAGGUAUACGGUACUGUCCUUGAGCUGAGAAUCAACAGCGGUGGAAAGCUGCCUAACUUUGGAUUCGUGGUGUUUGAUGACGCUGAGCCUGUGCAGAAGAUCCUCAGCAAUCGGCCCAUUAAACUGCGAGGAGACGUUCGGCUUAACGUAGAGGAGAAGAAGACCCGCUCGGCCCGUGAAGGUGACAGGCGGGACAUCCGCCCCAGAGGCCCGGGGGGACCACGUGACAGGGUAGGCGGGUCAAGGGGACCGCCCACCCGCGGAGGCAUGGCUCAGAAACCCAGUUUUGGAGCCGGUCGAGGCACAGGACCCAGUGAGGGUCGCUACGCAGGACCACGUCAGUGAGGCAGCUCCUACGUCAUUCACUGCUGAUGCAAGUCACCUUGGAUAACACCGAUGGCUUCCCUGUUCCCUGUCUCCAUCCCUCACUCCAGGACCCAGGAGUGCGAUUGUUCUUCUUUAUCUGGACUCUUCCUUUUAUUUCUGAGAUU